ACUAAUGAACUAUUAUUUGUACCCUGAUUCAAAAACAGUUUCAUUCCGGCCUAUCGUAUAUGUCUGGUCCAGAUCUACGGCUACAAGCAGUUGCUGAAAGAGGUGCAGACACUGCGGGCCAUGACAUACGACAAGGAAAACACGGCCCACAAGAAAAUGCUGCAAAAUCUAUGGAACCAACUGAUGGACGAGCCGUUGACCGCAAUGCAGACCAAGCAGUGGUCAGACAUCGGCUUUCAAGGCGACGAUCCGAGCACUGACUUCAGAGGAAUGGGUCUCUUAGGGCUCGACAAUCUCCUAUUCUUCACCACUGUUUACAGAGAGCCCGCCAGACAUAUACUGCAGCACUCGCUCCACCCACAGCACGGGUUCCCGUUCGCCAUCGUUGGCAUCAAUUUAACGCAUUUAGCGCUCACUCUCUUAAGUGAUGGCCAUUUGAAGACACAUUUCUACAACCUAUACAAUCGUAUCUUUAAAUUAGAAGAUUUCCAUAAAGUUUACUGUUAUCUGUUUGUGGCCUUCGAUAAGCUAUGGCUGGAAAGUAGACCGCAAUCUGUGAUGGAAUUCAGUUUAAUUCGCGAUAAGUUUGAGAAACAACUCAUCGAAAAACUGGCCGACAAUAAGACUGUCCUUAAAUGGGAUCCACAUAUCGACACACUUUGAAUGCCAUUUGUUUUUAUGUACACUUAAUCUCUCCGUUUAAUGAACACUCCAUUUGUGAUACACUACUUGUGUUUGUUUUUUAUCAAUUAAAACUCAUCACUUAUUU